ACACCACGUCAUGAGAGCAACGGUGUAACAAAUAAAAUAAUUUAAAAUAAAUUACAUACUACUGCCUAAAAAGAGGAAGAGAAAGAAAAACCAAAACCUUAAAGUGAAAGAGUGGCCGCUCAAUUCUCCUUAAUUGUCUCGGAGAAAGUUGCUCAUUUCCAUUACCUCACACAAGAAAUGGGGUUUCUCUGUUAAUCCCUUGUUUAAUUGCUUGCCAAAGAACAUUCAUUAGUUCCUUCUUCCCCUCCUGCGGGGUCCUUCAAUUCAGUUUGAGGGACCCACAAACCGGCAUUUCUCCUAGUUUUCUAUUCUCUAUCAUCCAUCAUGUCUUAAAUCUUUAUCCCCAAGCGCUCGAUCUCAACCUACAACAUUAAUCCUCCUCCUCUUACAUGGUUCAUUGUUGUCGGAAAAUGAACUGCUUCCCCUGUUUUCGAUCAAAGAAAAACAAGAAAUCGCAGCACGAGAGUUCUGUCAGAGAAGCAGUUGAAGCAAAAGUAAUGGAGAACACGAGACCGAGACCAGGAGGUGAAAAAGGAGAGGCAGCUGCUCAUGCUAACAAUGGAAAUGGUCAGGGGCAAACAUUCACUUUUCGCGAGCUUGCCACUGCAACUAAGAACUUUCGUCAGGAGUGUCUGAUCGGUGAAGGAGGAUUCGGAAGAGUCUACAAGGGAACCCUUCAAUCGAGUGGCCAGGUGGUAGCUGUGAAGCAGCUUGACAGGAAUGGACUGCAAGGAAACAAGGAGUUUCUUGUUGAGGUCUUGACACUGAGUCUUCUGCACCAUCCGAAUCUGGUCAAUCUCAUUGGCUACUGCGCUGACGGAGACCAAAGGCUUUUGGUAUAUGAAUUCAUGUACGGGGGCUCUGUGGAAGAUCAAUUACUUGGUAGUCUUCUUUGUUUCAAUAUACUAAUUCGUAUAUUCCCAUGGGUUACGACUGCAAUUCUGUUGCAUUUAGAAUAUGAAAACAAUUCAAUCUUACCUGCAGACCUGAAGCCAGAACAAAAGGGACUAGAUUGGUAUACAAGAAUCAAAAUUGCAUAUGGUGCUGCUCAAGGUCUGGAGUACUUACAUGAUAAGGCCAAUCCCCCAGUUAUAUACCGUGAUCUGAAGUCCUCGAACAUCUUGUUGGACGAACAUAUGAAGCCAAAGCUCUCCGAUUUUGGCCUCGCCAAGCUCAGUCUUGGUCCUGCAGGGGAUAAAAUCCAUGUAUCGUCAAGGGUGAUGGGUACCUAUGGAUAUUGUUCUCCAGAAUAUGCAAGAUCAGGCCAUCUCACUUUGAAAUCUGACGUAUACAGUUUCGGAGUAGUUUUACUAGAGCUCAUCACUGGACGAAGAGCUGUCGACACCACAAAACCUGUUGAUGAGCAAAAUCUUGUUUCUUGGGCACAACCGUUGUUCAGGGACCCAAAAAGGUUUCCUGAUAUGGCAGAUCCACUGCUUCAAAACCGAUUUCCCGAGAGAGGAUUGAAUCAAGCAGUUGCAAUAGCAGCUAUGUGUUUGCAAGAAGAACCAGGAGCUCGUCCCUUGAUGAGUGAUGUCGUUACAGCUUUGAGUUUCCUUUCAAUGCCUACAGAUGAAGAUAUUCCUUCUCACGUUCCUCUUGCAUCCUCAAUUCGUAAAGUUACAAGUCAAGUCAUAAAUAAUUACGAAUAUGAAAAUACUUCACUGCAUGGAGGAGAAAACAGCAAAAAACAACUUUAUGAUGACACUUCAGAUGACAAAAGCUCACACCAUCAGAAAAAUGCAGAGCUCCCCAAAAAAAGCUCUUCAAGAUCAAGCCGGAGUAGCAGCAAGAGAUCAGGUUCUUCGGUCACUCAAAAAAGCAGUAGUAAGAGAUCAGAGGAAGGAAGUGUUUCUUCAAGUGUCAGAAGUGGAGAAAGAUUGAGCAGCAAGAAAUUGGGAUCCAAAACAAGCCGCAAAAGCAGCAGCAGAAGUAGCCGCAGUAGGGCAUCAGAUGAUGGAAGUGUUUCAUCAAACGACAAAUUUGAUGAAGAAUGCGAGAAAUCACUUUUUUCAUUGAGCCAUGAAAGUAGCAAAGAAACUCAGGAUGAUAGUAUCUCUUCAAAUCACAGGAGCAGCAGAAAUUCGCUUUCUUCAACAAGCCGAAAGAGUAGCAGAAAUGCCUCUUUAAGGAAAAAUAAUAGCAAGGGUUCAUGGAAUGGAAGCAGUUCUUCAAGUUCCAAGAGCAGCAGAAGAUCCAACAUCCACCUUGAUCAAAGAAGCAACCAGGGAUCAGAUGAUGGAAGCACUUCUUUAGGUCUUUUCAGUAACGAAGAAAUACAAAACAACACUAAUGAUUUUGACCAUCGCAGCAGCAACAGCAGCAUGAGAUCGCAAGAUGGACAUGCUUUCUAAUCAUAAGGAAAUUACUAUCUUAUCAGGUCAUCAAGUAAAUUGUUCAAACAGUAUUCUAUACUGGGUCAUCAUAUUUAUAAUACAUACGAUGCAUUCUCUUCUCUUAAC